AUGCCGCCAAAAUCAUCGACCAAGGCCGAACCUAAGGCCUCAUCGGCCAAGACCCAAGUGGCCAAGGCCAAAUCGGCCAAGAAGGCGGUCGUCAAGGGUACCUCCUCAAAAACUCAGCGUCGCAUUCGCACUUCGGUCACCUUCCGCAGACCCAAGACUCUCCGACUAUCCCGAAAGCCGAAAUACCCCAGAACUUCGGUCCCACAUGCUCCUCGAAUGGAUGCCUACCGGACAUUGGUCCGUCCUUUGAACACCGAGAGCGCCAUGAAGAAAAUCGAAGACAACAACACUCUUCUAUUCAUUGUUGAUUUGAAGGCAAACAAGCGACAAAUUGCCGAUGCCGUCAAGAAACUUUAUGACGUUACACCCCUUCGUGUCAACACCCUCAUCCGUCCCGAUGGCAAAAAGAAAGCUUUCGUUCGUCUGACCCCUGAAGUUGAUGCCUUAGACAUUGCUAACAAGAUCGGUUUCAUUUAA